AUGCUUUUCACUUUCAUAGUUCUGUGCUCCCUCCUGGUUAACAUCAACGCUGACUCUGGCUGCGUUGACUACCAUGGAUUGAGUGAGUAUUACAUACAGCGCAACCGACAAUUCAAUCCUAGCCUGGUUUGGGCCAACGAUCUUGCAAGUGAGGCCUGUGACGUAGCAAAGGGUGAAGCCAAUGUAUUUGCAGGACACUUCAAAGUUGAGGCGGAAAAGUCGGAAAUUCCCGGCCGGUCGGAACUGCCCGCCAAAGAGAUGGCCCGACAAACUCUCUUCAGAUUAAAAGACUCCGCCUAUAAUGUGGCUCGAAUGACAUCGCCAAGACCGGAGUUUGGAUGCAACAGUCACUACAAAGACAAUAUCAUGAAAGUGGUGUGCCUCUACAGGGAUGAAGAAUGA